AUGUCCUGGCACCCAAAACGUCGGGAUGUGCUGCUAAUCCUGACUUGUCUGGUCGUCGUCGGCCUCUUCCUCCAGCUCGACUUUAGUGGAUCAAGCCAUUCACGAAGCAGUUCGAUCUUCAAGAUCGGAGGACUUAGCCGUCGGCCAGCAUUCGAGAAGGGUGGCCAGCGAGUCAACUAUGCUCCGACGCGCAACACUGUCAGCCAGCCGAAGCUCAAGUGGGGAGAUCGGGGUGCUCCUCACACUAAGAUUGUGUCGCACGCGCCAGGCUGGACUAUUUUCGAGGAUGUCUACCUCUUCAACGGCACCUGGUUCAUCGUAACCGACAACCCAUCAGACGUCCCGCUUAUUCGUCUCAUGGCCUCCACGGGAGCCGAGAUCUGGAACGACGAGGGCUCCAUCAAGAAUCGUGAACCGACCGACAAGGACAUGCGCAUUAUUUUCCCGUCAGAGGCGAAGAAGCUUUGGGGCAGCUCGGCGUCGCGAGUGUCCGGCACGAGUUUUGUGUGCAACGACCCGCCCCAGUUCCUCGACCACUACUAUCACUUUGCCGCCGAGUUCUUCUUCGGCAUGUGGCGAACAUACUCUUCGCUCGACCCAGGAAUCAACGCUGCCGGCGAGACUUCGCUUCCUGCCCCGUCCCGACUCAUUUUCCCUCACACUGCCGCUGGACGAUGGAACGACUACGCCAAGAUGAAUUCGUUCAUCCUGCGUGCCGUCUUCCCCGCUUUGUCUUACGAGUACGACGGCGACUUUGCCGACCGCAAGGACACGGCGCGUGCCUACAUUUACGACCGUGUCGUGUUCGCUGACCGUGCUGCUGCGUUCCGUGGCCCCGAGUUCGGCAAGACCUGGCGAACCUCGUCCGAGGCUGUCACUCUCGGUGGAAGCCGUUACUGGUGGUCGCCCAUUCGCCGCAACCUAAUUGAGUUCGUCGGAGGCAAAUCGGGCAGCGCUCUCAACCUGCAGGAGUUCGGUGUCGACCUUGACCAGGAGUACCUCGACAACGAUGCGCUUCAGGAGAUGGGCAUUGAGAUCGAGUCCCCAUCGACGAAGACGCCCGAUCGCCGUUCCAUUGACGCUGCUGUUGAGCGCAGGGCUAUCGGAGCUAGUGACGAGGCGCCGCAGAAGGAAUCUCGCAAGUACGCCCCGAGCAACCCUGUCAUUACCUACGUCUCCCGACAAGACUGGGGUCGCCGUAUGCUGAAGCCCGAGGACCACGACACGCUCGUCAAGGAGCUCGGCGAGCUGGAGAAGAAGUACGGAUGGGAGGUCAACAUCGUGGCCAUGGACAAGCUCUCGCGUGAUGAGCAGAUUCGGCUUGCUGCGCGAACGACCAUCAUGAUGGGAGUGCACGGAAACGGUCUUACCCACCUGUUGUGGAUGAACAACCUGAACCCUCGCGCGACCGUCAUGGAGUUCUUCAUCCCCGGUGGAUUCGCCGAGGACUACGAGUACACUGCCCGUGCGCUCGGUAUCCGUCACUACGGCUGGUGGGGCGACCAUUCGUUCACGUACCCGAACAUCCCGCCCGUCGAGUACCCCGAUGGCUUCCAGGGCAACUCAAUUCCGCUCGAUGGCAAGGCCGUCGCCCAGCUUUGCGAGCAGCGACUCGUCGUUGACCGCGUUGCCGACAAGGCCAAGGAUAAGCGGACAGGCGAGGGCAGCGCCUAA